AUGCGCCUGGCGGGCGGAAACGCUGCCGAGAGGGUCGUCGAAGAUACAGAAGCUCGAGAAGCUGGUGGGAAACGGCGCCGGGACUUCUUUUAUGUAAUGGGAAUUGAGAAGAGGGGAGCCAGCAGCUUUUGCGGCGGCAACGUCUGCGCUGGUGCUGGCCCCCCGUCUUUAUGGCCAUUUAUGGAGAGCGUCCGCGGCCGCUCUGGCGCCUGCGACUCACGACUACGACUAGCCACUAACUGUCUGAUGGGUGCGCUGAGGCUGGGCCUGGCUCGUCGACGGGGUGCUAGACUUGGGACUUGGGACUUGGAACUUGGAGACUUGGGGACUCUCGGCCUGCUGGUGACUGGCUGGCUUGGAUCGGCCGAUGGGCUGGUGGAGCGGCGAGCGAGCUCGGCGUUGGCGCUGGGCCAGAGAGGGCAAGGCACUGAGAGGAUGCGCGAGGCAAAGCAGGCAAAGCUGGCAGAGAGCGCCGGCACGGGUACCUGUGAGACACCCGAGCGGAAGCAGAGGCAGACUGGCAGCGUCCCCGUCCUGGAGUCCAGCGUCAACCUCGAGCGUCAACCACCCGCCAUUCUGGCCGUCUACAGCCUGGCUGGCUGGCCAUCGCAUCGUCUUUUCGCUGCCCCGUAUAUCCCCAAUACUGUAGAGGCUGCGCCCUCGCAUGUGCUAGCAUCGGCCAACCAUGUGUCCAUGCGAGUGGGUGUGCGGUGGAUGCCAGGACGCAGCGCCGGUUGGCUUCCGCCUCGAUCCAGUCUCGCCAGCCGACGGUCAGGUGGUCGCCCGGCCCAGACUGCUAGGACUGUCUCUGGGCUAGGGGCCCUGGAGACGAGCACAGAGUGGAAUGGCCGUCGUGUGCUUAUUGCUGCGUCGCCUGGUCGCCAGCGCCUGGUUGGACUGCCGCUGCCCUUCCCCCACCACCCGCGCUCCACCGGGCUGCAACAGACUGGAGGCACGGCUUGGGAUUGA